AUGUCGCUGCUCACACUCCCCAACGAAUUGAUACAGCAAAUUAUCGCUGAACUGGACUCGCAAAGGUAUUUCAAUAACAUUAUCUGCACUUGCCGAUUCUUUUACGAGACUUUCAAUGGCCUGUUGUAUGAACGCGAAAUACACCGUGAUGGCGCCCAUGCAGUGUUGCUCUAUGCCGCUCAGAUGGGACAUGCUCGUACCAUACAAGGGCUUUUACAGAUCUCCGCCAGCAGCACUAAAAGUCCACCCUUACGACUCAGACCAAAUCCUCCACUUCCCAAUUGUUGGAGUCCACUCCUUUGGUCGGCCAUCCGGGGGGAUGAAAACGUGGCCAGGCUGCUCCUGGGUAUAGAAGACAUCAAUGUGGACAUCAAAUAUCCAAAAUCCCGGACCCCGCUCUCAAUUGCUGCCGAACAAGGGUUUGUGGGUGUUGUCCGGCUGCUUUUGGCUGCGGGGGCCGAUCCAAAUACCAGAGACCACCUCAUGCGGACGCCGCUACACUGGGCAGGAUCGCCUCAACUUGCGGGUGAAAGUCGUGAUUUGGGCCAACAAAACAUGUUUAGGGAACAGGCACAAGAUCCUAAAUGUAAUCUCCACUGCCCGUUGGCUGUUUAUUUCGAGAUCGAUAUUGUCGGCUCUUCCCUUUGGAUGGAGAAAGAAGGAGAGACAAGAGACAGCGCCCACCGUCCCGAGGACGCACACUGGACACCUUUGAUCCAGCCCAAUUUAACAUCGUCAUUAUGGUCGGCAGGUACAAAUUAUAAGGAAAUAUUACAACUCCUUCUCCAAUACGACGCCCAACUUGAAUUAAAGGACUUAGAAGGUCGAACACCGUUAUUGUGGGCAGCGACAUGUGGAUACCAGCCUUUAGUGGAACUUCUUCUCGACAGCAGUAUGUCUCUUCAUUCUUCGAAACCAGCACUUGAGAAAAUUUCGAAGUGGGAACAGAAAGAAAGGGAUUGCAAAAAGGUGGUCAAGAACUCAGUAAAUCGAGAUGCCUUUCCUGAAACUGACAAUAAUAACUCCCAGUCGGCCCUAUCUUAUGCCGCAGAGAAUGGACAUUACGGUACUGUGCAGUUCCUUCUAGAAAGAACCACACAAAGGGAUUCGCUCUGGGCUGACCCUGGCUGGGCUCCCCUGAUGUGGGCAGCAAAAGGGGGCCAUGCGGAUGUUGUGAAAUUAUUGCUAUCGGUGCAUACCCAAAGGUGGCCGGAGCAGUCUCUUGGCUCUGAGGCUGCGUCAGAGGCUGCGCGCAACGGAAAAACGGACAUCAUAUCGUUGCUGGUCGAAGCCGGGGCAAAAUUCGAACCUUCUCAAAGUUCUGAUUUCAUGACCCCGCUCCAUUUAGCUGCCAUGAACAUGCAUGCCGAUACCGUCGAAUGUCUCCUUAAUAUAACGGAGGUCGAUGUGAAUGUCCCCGAUAGACAUGGUUGGACUGCACUAGAUUGGGCGACAAGAGGCCAGACGCGGGCCAAGAGAUACUUCAAAGACACGAGAAUCAAAGACAUGCUACUUGAUCGCGGAGCUUCCCCAUCAUCACGGACAGUGAAAGUGCUCGCGAGCCCGCCACACCUUUUCCUCCAGGAUUUUUCAGGUUGUUGUUUCCCAGCAGACUUCGCUUAUACGUGCAACCCAAUUUCUUUCAGAUGUGAUUGGGACUCCAUUGCUCAGGGCAAAAAGAUGCGAGACUUGUCGUAUAAAAAGGAAUCUACUUUGGGGGUGUGCAUAUCAAAUGAAAUGAUGAAGCAGUUUGCAGGGUGGUCCUAUAAUAGACCUCAACCUCAUCAUGAUUGA